CGUGAAUUGUUUAAUUUACUCAAUCAAUUGGUAACAAACUUGAGCGGGCCACAAUUGCAGACACAUGUCUUCUUGUUGCUACGGGACGAAAACCAGAGUAAUAGCAGUGACAGAACAAAGGCAAGAUGAACUAUCCUCUGAGAGUGAUUGGAAUGGAAUUAACAAAGAAUUCGCUACAUCCACGUCAUGCCACGGAGUGCAGUAUUGGUACACAAGUAAAUGGAGAUGCUUGAAAGUUUUCUGGAUAUUUCUGGUUCUUGGUUUUGUUGGCGUUUUAUCUUACCAAAUCACUCUAAGAAUCCAAACGUAUUUUUUAUAUGAAACAAGCACAGAUAUUUCUGAACAAUUCGUUUCGUAUUUGGAUUUUCCGGCUGUUACAGUAUGCAAUUUCAACAGAUAUUUUCUCAACGCAACAACAAGUGAGCUGACAGGUAUCUAUGCCAUAAAUCAGUUGUCAACAUCAUCAGCUUUAGCAUUUGCAUCCGAAAAUAAUGACAAAAGAACGCAUGACGCACUCUCUAAUCUGGGACCUGAUUUUAAUGUUACAGAAUAUAGUUAUCGGUAUGGAUUUUCGUUGAAUUCGACGGUCAUGCCACGUUGCACGUUCAAAACUGAACAUUGCUCUGAGAGUGACUUCACUCCAAUCAUUACGUCUUUGGGGAGAUGCCACACGUUUAAUGAAGGAAAUAUAAGUCGCACCCAAAAUAUACCUGGAUCAGGACAUGGACUAAGUAUGAUCAUCGACGUGCAACAAUACCUUUAUACAGAGGAGCCUUUAGCUGGAAUCGACGAAGCGGGAAUUAAAGUUCAGGUUCAUCCUCCAUAUGAAGAACCUGACGUCGAAACGUACGGUGUUGCUGUGCCUGUCGGGCAAAAAGCAUUCAUAGAGAUUACGCGUGUGGACAACGGGCUGAUGUACGAACCAUGGGGAAGGUGCGACCCUUCAAAGGAGUCUUUAAACUACUUCUCGACGUACACUUUGAACAAUUGCCUAAAUGAGUGUUACACAAAUGCAGUUGUUGAUCAGUGUGGAUGUAGACUGCAUACACAGUAUUGGGAUACAGAACAUGACGAAUGUACGACAUUGCAAUUAUUUGAAUGUGCUGCGGAACAUCUUGUCGCAGUAAAACAAAACUAUUCUGCAAGCGACUGUAACUGUACUAUUCCAUGCACAUUCACUGACUAUGAGUUGACUGUCGCGUAUGCUACAUUUCCAGGAUACACAACAAGAAAUUACCUUGUGGAAACGAUAAGGGAUGUUGACGAAGAAUAUAUAAAAGAGAACAUGGUGAAACUUGAAGUAUAUUUCAGUCGUAUGAGUUAUCGUACUUUCAAACAGUCAAAGAAAGUUGAUGAAUCUGGACUGCUUAGUGAUGUCGGUAGGUGGACAGCUUGGAUUGUGGUCUGGAAUGAGUUUUGUUACUUUAGCGGAAUUUGUUCAGUUCUUCUUUCUCAAAGGAUACUUUGCGAAAUCACGAAUACAGAACAGAAAACGAAAGAGGAGAAAAAGGACCCAAAACACCAAUGGAGCCACUAUACACGCUUGAUAGUUAUCGACGGUGUUGUAAUAAUUACUCGCCUAGUCCUGUCUAGUUUGUUAAAAUAAAAACUCCUGAAAACGGCCUAUGGGUCUCAUAAAUGAACUUGAAUCAAUCCAUUGUUUUUAUAUCAAUAAAUAUUAUCUUUUUUGUUUUAAAAUUAAACUUGCAAGCAUAGUGUAUGAUGUUAUAAGAAAGAUGUAGACACGACCGUACACCGUGCGAACCUCUUACACAAGCGAGAACCACAUCGAACAUACCCAAUGAAGAGCGACAAAAUCAAUUACAUAUUAUAUAGCCUAUAUAUAAUAUGGCGAAUGUCACAAAUUUAUUUAAAAUCUUAUGUACCAGAGAUGCCGCAUCACUGACUUCUGUCUCAAUAAUGACCGGCAUGAUGCCCAGUAAAGUACAAAAAAUUGUGAAAAGGCCGGUCUUAACUCAAUCUAAGAAUAUGUGAAUUACUUUAAUCAUUUGAUAUUUCAAAUUCAUUUACCAAAUUUAUUUCUUGCCAUUGUUGUAAACUGCUUGUCUGAGGAAGUCUGACUCCGGUCGGA